AUGUCUCAAGAAAUGGUGAAGGAACGUUUCUACACCCGCCUAAGGCUUGGUGCAAUUGUACGGCAGAGGGUAAAAACGCUCGUACCCGUAACGAACGAAUUGUUUUGCAAAGAGGAGGCUCCCUCCGCCAACAACAAACAAAUCAUCUUUCUCAACAAUUUUGCACCACAUACUUUAUUACAGACUCGAUACAAUGUCGUAUAUCUCUCUCAUUUUCUUGUUCCGUUUUUCUUUAAAUUUUUUGAUACUUUCCUCAAGGUUGUUUCUGUAUUUUUUGAUUUCGUUGAUCUUUUCGUGAAUUUUUGCAUCAAAUUCUUGAACUACCAGAUCAACAACCGCAAAUUUCUCUGUUAUUUCGGUGAAAUAGCCUUUUUUAUCGUCUUUUCGAGCGCUGUGCUCAUCCGCACCCGUCAUUACUCUGCCGCAUUAAACGCCCACAAACCAAAAGCAAGAUGUGAAACUGAAAAAUAUUUUGGAACGCGAUCGUCAGCGUAG